AGGGGGGGUGUCUCAGAGCCGGCUCCACCUGCACCCCAGGGCGCUGGGGGCGGGCGUGGGGGUGGAGGUGGUAUAAGAGGGCCGCCCUGCACAGGGCUGGACACGCUUGGCUCCCGACUGAGUCCGGAGCCGAGAUCACAUCAGACCCUCCAGAGUCCCAGCAGAAGAGGCCCUUCCUCUGCCUGGCAGCCCCUGGCGAGGCUCAGAGAGGCCACCAUGGCAGGAUCCCUUCUCUUGCCACUGCAGAUCCUACUGUGGUCUCUAGCCCUGAGAUCUGCUGCACAAGAAGCCCAGGGUGACAAGAGUGGGGAGAAGAUUAUUGAUGGAGUCCCAUGUACAAGAGGCUCCCAACCCUGGCAGGUGGCCCUGCUCCGGGGCAAUCAGCUUCACUGUGGAGGUGUGUUGCUCAAUGAGCAGUGGGUGCUCACCGCUGCCCACUGCAAGAUGAGUGAGUACCAGGUGCACAUGGGCAGUGAUCAGCUGGGUGAUAAGAGAGCCCAGAAGAUCCGGGCCACACAGUCAUUCCGCCACCCUGGCUACUCCACUCAGACCCAUGUUAAUGACCUCAUGCUUGUGAAGCUGGAUCACCAAGCCAGGCUGUCGUCGAGUGUGAGGAAAGUCAAGCUGUCCUCCCGCUGUGAACCCCCUGGGACCACAUGCACUGUUUCUGGCUGGGGCACCACCACCAGCCCGGAUGUGACCUUUCCAUCGACCCUAAUGUGCACAGAUGUCAGACUCAUCUCCUCCCAGGACUGCAAGAAGGUUUACAAGGACCUGUUGGGAAAGUCCAUGCUGUGUGCUGGCAUCCCCAACUCCAAGACCAAUGCCUGCAAUGGUGACUCAGGGGGACCACUGAUGUGCAAAGGUACCCUGCAAGGCCUGGUGUCCUGGGGAACUUUCCCUUGUGGCCAACCCAAUGACCCAGGUGUCUAUACCCAAGUCUGCAAGUACUUCAAGUGGAUAAAUGAGACCAUGAGAAGGCAUGGCUAAUCUCUGCAUACCUCCCAUCUCUUCAUCUAUACUCCUGGAACAAGAAAUUUACAGAAAUAAGGACGUGAUGAACUGUGGUCAUUAUUUGACCUUACCUUUCCUCAAAGACAUGUUACAACCUCAACAAUAUGCCAUGUGUGUAAACCAAUCAAAUCAACAAAGGCCUAACACACAAAAACCUCAGUAUUGGUAAAGACCAGCACUCUUAACCAGCGGAACUGUAAAUCAUGCAAUUUUUAUGUAAGGCAGUUUGGUAAGGUGAAUUGAGACCCUUAGUUACCACCGUUGACCCUGUGAUUCUGGUUUAGAAAGAUAUUACUGAAAAAAUAAACUAAAAAUCCAACUGCGGAGCAAGGUUUGAAUUCAUCACAACAGUAUCCUGGCAAAACAGUGGAAACACUGAACAUGUCCCAAAUCGGUGGAUUGUUUAGAUCAAUAAUAGGCCCGUUUGGGACAAGGAUGUUAGGAAGCUGUUAAGGAUAAUAACUUUGCAGCAUUGCUAGUGUUAUUCAAGAAUGUUUGUGUUGUAUGAUGGAACAUGAAAAAAGAGAUACAAAUAUGUGUAUGUGACUCUAGCCAUGUGAAAUGAAAUAGUCACAGAAUAAAAUCCGAAAAGACAUGUA